CUUUCUGUCAAAGAAUCUCAAAUUGUUUAUAAAUAUUAUAUAUUGUACAUGCAUAUUAUUCCUAUGAGACAUCAGAAUAACAAUAAAAUAUAAAAUUAAUGCUACAAUAUAGUUAAAUGUCUAAAUAUUUACAACACAUUAUGAAAAACUGGCAUAAUGAUAAACUGUUAUGUCAAUUGUGUGUUUAUGUUAUGGAGGUUAUGGAUCAAUAGAAACGACGCUAAUGCGAAUAGCGUCGUGUCUGUCUAAUAUUGAACAAAUUGACUGAAAAUAAUUUAUAUUAAAAUAUAAUUUAAUUGUCUUUUAGAAAUUAUCGUGUGUAAUAAAAUGUUUGAUUCAGAAUACGACGCAUUAAAACACGGAGACCAUUAUACUAUUCUUCAAGAAUAUAAUGAUACUGUCGAAGAACUUAAACGAGAGUUGGAAAUUUGCAAAACGGAACAAAGUGGCAUUCGUUCAGAACUCCAAGCUCUGCAUAUUGAAAAUAAAAACAGCGGUGAUGCCGUGCGUGAUUACAUCUCACGCAUCCACUUGGAAGAAUGUGGCAAUGAAGAUGUGCACGAUAAAAUAGUUACAAAUUUGAAAGAGCAAAUUGCAGUUUUGCAAAUAGAAAAGGAUUCAGCAGUUCAACUGUGGCAGGUGUCAAUGAAAGCUGUAGAUGCCUUGGAACAGGAAUUAAGAACUCGUCCGACAGAUAAUAGAGAUGUAAAAUUUUACGAAGAGCAAUUGAAAGAUGUUAGACAAUCAUAUUCAGAAGCUAUAAGGGCCUUAGAGGACAAGUUACUUCAGACUAAAGAAAAUUUUACAAAACAACAAUCUUUAUGGAUGACAAGUAAGGAGACAAUAGAAUCUUUAAGACGAGAGAAACAAGAAAUGAUGAAAAGACUUCAGGAAUUUCAAGAAAAUAUUCAACAAAAAGACAGGAAUAGUCAGCAGAUGAUACAAUCCUUGACGGAGGAGUUAUCUACUGCAAAGGCAGAGAUACAGCGGAUAAAUUACUUAAAGUCAGACUUGGAAAAGAGACUGAAUGAGAACAGAAGAAUUGUCAACAAUCUUAUGGCGAAGAACGGAGAAAUGAAAUGUAAGAUGACCGAAGCUCUUGAUCUAGUAGAAACUGCAGUGAAGGAGAAAGAUUUCGUGCUUCAGAGAGAAGCACACGUUGCGGAACAAAAUGCUAGACUAGAAACUCGAUUAGCUUUCAUUGCUGAAGAACAUGUUGUUAAAAAGCAAGAGGAGAUUGUAAAAUUAAAAGACGCUCACGAGCACAAUGUAAGGAAAUAUUUAUCCGAGAUCAAAGAGUUAAAGUCAGAAUUGCGAGAGAAGAUUGUCCAAUUGGAUCAAUCACAAAGAGAGAACAGAUUAGCCGAGGUAGAACUGGAGAAAUUACGUCGAGAUUCUGAAGAUUUAUUGGAAAAAUCAGCUGUCAAAAUGCUAAACUUCGAACAAACGUUAAAACAAGCGGAUUCUAAAUCUGAAAUUUCUGACGAAAUGUACAAGAAGCAAUAUAAUUUGGAGAUGCAACAAUUGCAAGAAAAAAUUAAUAAUCUUGAAGAAAAAUUAGCAGUUUCGAAUGAAAGGAUGAAACAAAUUCAACAGCAAAAUUCCACGGAUAUACGAGAUCGCAUAAAAUUAGCCGACGAAAGGACGAAGGAUGCGAUUGAGCGCUACGUUAAUUUAGAGAGUCAAUUGAUCAAAGCUACAAAUGAUAAGGAAACUUUGGUGACAGAAUUAAAGUCAUUGCAGUUGGCUUUCGAUCGUCAGAUAAAUAAGAGAGAUUACGAACGGCACUCAUUGGAAAACAAGAUCCACAAAUUAGAAGCAAGUCAUCAAAAGACUACUUAUGAAACGGAGAAUAUUUCAGGAAUUAAUGUAUCGCCAGUACAUGCUUCUUCUCAACAUUACUUGGACAAAAUAAACAAACAUACUUUGGAUAUACGGAUUGAAAAUAUGGACCACAAUUGGCAGUCUUUGUUAGCCGAACAAUUGAAUAAGCAGCAAGAACAUUUUGACAAGAAAUUGAAAGAAAUGACACAACAUGUAACAGUUCAUCAAAAAUUAAGUAGAAAAUGGAGAGACGAAGCAAAAUCUUUAACAGCACGAUUCCAAAUCAAAUCUAAAGAAUUACGUGGAAAAAUAACUUUACUACAAAAGGAAAAUGCUGAAUUGCACAAAACACUUCUAAUUUAUAGGCAGCCAUUUACUCAGUGUAAAACAGAUGCUAUUCAUAGUUAUGUACAAGGAUCUGAGACCAGGUGACAACGUCUUAUAUUAGCCAUGAAACAUUCGCAACUCAGAUGCUGUAAAUAUUACAG